AUGUUCUCUUUAUAUCUCUGUUCCUCUUUCUCUUUAUCUAUCCUGCUCUGUCUUAACCUUUCUUCAUUCUCUCUCUCUCUCUCUCUCUCUCUUUGCUACACUCUUCUCUCUUUAUUUCUCUUCUCUCUCUCUCUUUCUUUCUUUUUUUCUUUCUGUCGAUUGCUCUACGCAGAAAGAAAUCUAUCUAUCUAUCUAUCUAUCUAUCUAUCUAUCUAUCUCAGUUUGUUCAUAUUUGUCUAUUUCAGUCUGUUCUUAUCUAUCUAUCUAUCUAUCUAUCUAUCUAUCUAUCUAUCUAAGCCUGUUCAAAUCUCCUUUUUAUCCCAACCACUUAAUCUUCCUUUAUUGGCAUCUUCAUCAACCGAUUUCUACCGCUUCAUAUUUUCAUGCCUGUCAUUAGUUAUCACAGUCACCGAGAAUGCUCAUUAUCUCAUCCCCCUCUCUCUCUCGCUUUUAUUUAUCUUCAGAGGCAUUUUUCUUCUUCUUGUUUUUCUUCUUCUGCCUCUCUUUUUCUCAUUUUUUCUUCAUUUAUCUAUCUUGCUCUCUCUCUCUCUCUCUCUCUCACUGUGUCUCUCCCCAUAUAUCGAAUGGACAAAUUAA